GAAGGGGUCACACUCUGGAUUUUGCGACUCUUGAAGGUCAAGAGCAUUGGCUAAAGGGCGAUGAAUAUGUCAACCAGCUUCACUUGCUUGGUGCAGGUCCGACGGAGGAAGAAUGAGAUGCUCAUUACUUGCAUGUUCGGCAUUGGGACGUCUCCAAAGGAAUUUCUAGAGUAAUGGCAUCAAAAUACCUUUUCGACUCGUACGGGGCGCAGACCUAUGAGCAUCUGAAGCCCAUUGUGGAAAAUCCUGCUACACGGCCGGAUCUCCUUCUGGUAGAUUUCUUCGUUGAUGCAGCCAAGGACAUCCUCUAUCAGUUCAAUGUGCCUUUGGCAAUGGUUUUUCCCCAGAUGCCAGCAUUGAUGGCUCCUUGUUCGUACAUCCCAGGUCAACCAGGGUUUCAGAUCGAUGGAACCCUCACGUCAGAAAAUGCAUCCAUUUGGUUGCGUAUUCGAAACGAGCUCGUGCUCAUUCACGCUUUACCAGCCAUAAUACGCUGGCGGAAUUGGACAAACAAAAUGCGCCACCGGGCGGGUGUCAAAUAUAACUUGCCAGUGGCUCCCAAACCUAACUAUCUUGUUCUGAUCAACUCUUUUUUUGGGCUCGAGGUGCCAAAAGAUCUACCUCCAUUGAUAGCGCCUGUCGGGCCAAUUUUGGCGGACGAAUACUCGCCGCUGACAGAACCGUAUGAAUCAUUCCUCCAGAAUCACCCUAAAACUCUCUAUCUUGCACUAGGUACCCACAUCGCUCUGUCGGAUACGGAUACCGCCAAGUUGGUCAAUGGCAUGCUAAUGGCCAUGAAGAACGGCUUCAUCAACGGUGUCAUCUGGUCAGUCGGGAACAGCGGGCGAAGGGAAUCCCAGCAGAAUAGAGUAUUUACCGAUUCCCGAACCGGAAGUACGAUAUCGUUUGGAUCUCUUUUAAAAGUAAGCAUCCCGAUGUCCUCUUUGCCACUUUUGCACCACAGCGGGCCAUCCUGGAUCACGAACAUGCGCGGGUCUACCUUACUCAUGGGGGCGGAUCCAGCGCCAAUGAGGGGCUCUUUCACGGCACGCCCAUGGUCUGGUGCUUCGAUUGCCCUGAAAAAAUUCCAGUUUACAUCAGACGAGCUGAACGAGAAGAUAGGGUUGUUGAUGGAGGACAAGGAUGGAUUAUACAGAAAAAACUGCGAGCGCAUGAAGCACAUUGCUCGCGUUGCCUCCCGCCGGAAGGAGCUCGGAGCUGACCUGAUUGAGGAGCUUAUCUAUGAUUCGGAGGCGAGAUGGGAUGGCCAGAAAGAACUUCGCCCGAUGGACCUUCAGACUGCUGAUAUGAGGAUGUCAGCAUUCAAGGCGAAGAGCUGGCACCUCGUGCUAGUUUAUACUGUGACUUUCGGUGUCUUAUCUGGUGUUAGUUGGGCUGUGCGUAGCUUUACAUGGGCGAAUAGAGGUCUGACUCGUGCCUGGGUGCGAUCAGCAUUGGGCAAGCUCAAGUAG